UGGUAAAGUACCAAUCCUCAAAGAAACCUCCGAUUCCUUCUCUUACUUUCUCUUCCUCUGCUGCUGAACAUCAAUACCCAACAACAAUGGCAAAGGCCAUGGCUAUGGCGUUUCCUCUUCUAUGUGCACUACUCUGCAUCUCUCUGCAGGCUCCCAAUGUCGCCAAUGCCUUCACUGCUUCCGCUUGGACCAAAGGCCACGCCACUUUCUAUGGCGGCAGCGACGCCUCGGGCACCAUGGACGUCACGUAUCGACUAAUUCUUUCAUCUUUUUAUCAAACUUACUCCAAUGUGGCAGGCGGGGCAUGUGGGUAUGGCAACUUAUACUCGACUAAGUAUGGCACAAGGACUGCUGCCCUAAGCACAGCUCUGUUCAACGACGGUGCCUCAUGUGGGGAGUGCUACAAGAUCAUAUGUGACUACAAAACAGACCCUAGAUGGUGCAUUAAGGGCAGAUCGAUAACGAUCACUGCAACGAAUUUCUGUCCUCCAAAUUUCGCGCAAGCCAACGACAAUGGUGGCUGGUGCAACCCGCCAUUGAAGCACUUCGACAUGGCUCAACCGGCAUGGGAGAAGAUUGGGAUCUACAGAGGUGGAAUCAUCCCUGUCAUCUACCAAAGGGUGCCAUGUAAGAAGCACGGGGGAGUGAGGUUCCAGGUUAACGGGAGGGACUAUUUCGAGUUGGUGACCAUCACCAACGUGGCGGGAGCGGGAUCUAUCAGGUCGGUUUCCAUCAAGGGUUCCAAGACAGGGUGGUUGCCCAUGUCGAGGAAUUGGGGGGCGAACUGGCAAUCGAAUUCUUACCUCAACGGGCAGACCAUGUCGUUCCAAAUCACAACCACCGACGGAGAGAUGAGAACGUUCAAUAAUAUCGUACCGGCCAACUGGGGAUUCGGCCAGACUUUCUCGAGUCGAGUACAGUUCUAGAGCGUGAAGGUUCAAGGCAUUUACUGAUUUCGAUAUAAGAGCUCGCACGAUUUUCCAUUAAAGUUUCUUUAUGCUUUGAUUUUGGCCGAGGCAUUGCUUAUAAAUUUUACAAGGAGCUGCCCGCCGCAUGACUUAUAGUUAGGACGCCUUUUGUGAGUCCUGACCGCAACGUCAUAAUAUUUGAACCCAAUGAAAUUUCCUUGAGAAAAAGAGGAAGUGUGGGUGAGGGAUUUGGUUGGAGCAAAUUGAUCAAUAAGUAUAAUGAGGGCAUUGGUAUUGCAGAGUUCGGAAGUUAUAGGUUGUAAUUUGUAUUAAUUUUCCCUUUUCAUGAUAUGAAACGGUUCCUAUCAUCUGUUUCGCUCUUCAUUAAUUUUGUUGUCUUUUUGGUUCUAUUUGAGGUCAUUGUAUUGAUGAAAUUGAAAUGUUCAUGU